ACCAACAGCUUUCCAACAGUUCUGGCCAUAGACUUCGAACUGACUUGCGAGCGAAAACGACGAUAUGGACCAGCAAGAUGUUCAUCUCGAAGAAGUCUUUUGGCGGUCGCCACAACACGUGCAAAUGAUGGGAGGAUUCCUCCAUUCAAACAACGGUAAGAACAGCCCUACCUUAUAGUAUACCACAGGCGCAUUCUAGAUAACAGAUGAUUUCACUAUACAGUUCUAUUCUACUUUGCUGAAUCACCAUUCUUCGACGCAACCUCCAACAACGCCUCACUAGCUGUCCAGGCAAACUACAAUGAAGCAUUUCGGCAUUUCCUCGAAACUCGCGAGGUGUUUGAAGGCAGACUCAAGACAAUGCAAGGGUUGGAGUUCAUGGUCGCAUACGAUCCAUUACAAGCUGCAGCGCAAUCGGAGACACAGUUCGCUCAUGAACCGUCUAAUAUUUGGGUGAUUCAUAAACAAAUGAGACAAAAGCGACCAGGGAUGGAAGACAAUGUUGUGGUGCUUUCGACGUAUUAUAUUGUUGGCGACUCGGUAUAUAUGGCGCCUGCUAUUUCCAGUGUUAUUGGAAAUCGAAUACUUUCGGCUGUGACUUCACUCACCAAACUCUUGAACGUCGCCUCCCCUCUUCCUAUUUUCACACCAUCAUACGGGCACACAUACAUGCCACCAGGUCCCAAAGCAGCAGAUGCUCCACAAGCAGUCGCUUCUCAACAGAGUCAACAAAGUAAAGAGUCAACGCCCAUGCCCGAUACCCAGGCCACCGUCAAAUCAUCACUAUCCACGGCGAACGUGAAGGAUACCUCAUACCAAGAUACGCGAAACCUAAUGGAAGCAUUCAAUCUUUUGUCGAGAUAUGGAGAUGAAUACAUGGACGAGACACCUCUGACUGGGGAGCCGGGUUCUUUUAUUCUAUCAAAGGCCACGGAGACUGCGGCCGGUACUCGGCGAACUGGUCCUAAGACUAGUUCUAUGCAUGCGCCUGCUGUUCCCAGGAGGCUUGGGACUCCGGUGGUUACGGAUAUGUCGACUCCUUCACGAGGAGAAGACUAAUGAUUGUCGUUUUGAUUAUUCUAGGAGUUUGAUGAUACCCGGGAAUUCUACUUCCCAUGUUAUGCUUACUUUGCUGCAUUUCGUUAUAGAAUCCAGCCGAUAUAGACCAUAUGAAAUGGAAGCUCCUGCCACUUUUCGUUCUAUCCCUUUGAAUGGUUUGAUGAUGCGUCUCUUGUUUCAAUUCAUCAUCACUCAAAGACAUCCUAUAUUCCAACUGUCAUUGAUGCAUGACUGCCUGUACAUUCUGUUCUCAAAGAAUGUCUCAUAGCAUGAUCAACAAGGAAGCGACACUAGGCAUCC